CCAUUUUUAGCCUUUUGCCUAUGGCAUAUUCGCUUGUUGAAUUUCGGGUGUUUGUAAAAGAGAGAGAACCAAGUCAACUUCAACUUUAGGCAUAAACUUAAUUUUCUGUGUAAUUAAAAUUAUAUUCAUUAUUAAGUAAAUAGCUCCUAAUCACGAUUCCAUCAACGAUAUUCAAAUUUUGUAUAAUUUAUUUAACAGUCAGUGGUGUUGGUGUAUAACGCUGUAAAUAAAAAAAAAUAUGGAUACUGUACUUAAUCAUUCAAUCAACUUGUAACGAAAAUCUAAUAAAAUAUAGCCAAUGAUGAGUUGCUGAACUAAGUAUAAAUGUUGAUUUAAGAAUAAAUUGCAUGCUUGCUUCGAAAAUCGCCGGCAUGAUUUUGAUCAGAAAUGUCAGAGAUAAAGUAUAAAACUCAAAUAUUGGCUGCUAUAGAUCACUUGCGUUCACGUAAAUCGCGCCCCGAUAUAAAUAGGAUUUGCAACUUUAUGCUAAAGUGUUUCAAAGUCGUACCCAAAGACACUAAAGCAGAUCUUAAACGUUGCUUGAAGGAGAAAAGUAUUUUUAAAGUUGAUUAUAAAGAUAAUGUAAGCUAUAGAAACGCUGCUAAGUGGCGAAAAAAAUCAAACCAAAACCACAAAAUGUCUUCAUCAAUUGCAUCGAGUGAGCGAAGGGUCAUAACUUCUGCUAUAGCCACACUAAUUUAUCAGGAUCAAAGCUAUUUAGAAAAUGGUAUUGCUUUUGAUGAUCUUGUGUCAGCAGCUGCUUCACAAGGGUCUAAAUACUCAAAGAAGCAACUUGAAACGAUUGUAAACAAGGAGCUGUCUUCAGGGAGUUUGGUAAAAUUACAAAAUGGUAACCUGGCAUUGGGUCCUGCUGAUCACGAUGGUGAUAGCUCUGAUAGUUUCAAAUUUGAUUAUAAUGCUGAUUACAACAAUACAAAGAUGACUUCUUCAGCUAAUUCUUCAUGCAGGUCUUCACCUCAAAGAAUGCGAGGAAGGCCUAAAAAGCGAGGUGGUGGCUCAUCCAGCAAUGGUCUUAGCAGUAGCACUUCUCGAAAUGCAGUUGUACGUGUUGGCGAAAGACGUAAGAUGGCUAAAAAGGUGUUUGAUCCAUCUGACAACAAUGUACCAAGCAAACGCAAGAGAGGUCGUCCUGUGGGUUCACUCAAUAAAAGUACAAUAAAAAAGAGACUUAUUUCUGCUGGGCUUCAAAAAUCAGACAUGGAAGGACCACAAUUGUCAGAAAGCCAAGUGUCUCUAGACGGGAGUGGUGAUGAAAUGGAACAAGAAGAGUCAUUACCACAUGAGACAUCUGGAGUCUGUUCUGUUUGUCUUGUACAGAAACCACGGGGUUCUAAUGACAGACUUGUUGAAUGUCGAGACUGUAAUAAUAAAGCUCAUUUGAGCUGUCUUCAAUCAGGGUCUGGCAUUUUAAAACCUAGACCUGAUAAUACCUGGCAGUGCCCUCAUUGUAAAACUUGUGUAGUCUGCUGUGAGACCAAUGAUGCUGGCAUUUUAACAGUUUGCAGUAUUUGUUCUGAUGCUUAUCAUGCUCUCUGUCAUAAUCCACGCAUUCCAGAGAGACUGAAAGCUUGGGAUCAAUGGGAAUGCAACAAUUGCUUAGAAUCUCGUCCAACUGUAGUUGGGUCACCUGCAAUUCGCAGAAGUAUGGAGUACAAUGCACAAAAUUCUCCUCCUGUUGACCCAUUCCUGAAACCACAUGAACUUGACAGAGCACCUUCAAAAUUGGUUGAAGACUUGCCUAUUGAUCCAAGUAUCCCAGACAUAACGAAUUGGACAACUGAUGAUGCAUUUGAAUAUUUUACAAAAUACUUGCCUGAAGCUGCUCCAAUUCUUAAGGAACAGGAAUUUGACGGACAAGCAUUGAGCAUGGCGCGGCGAGCGGAUAUUGUCAAAGGUUUGGGGCUGCCAUUAGGGCCAGCCUUGGCACUAUAUCGUAUCAUAGUCAAAUUACAAACGAGAAAGGAUGAUUGGACUAUGUGUUGGGGUUAAUAACUCAUCACUACAAGUAAUAUAUGAAUAACUGAUUUUAUUUUAUGUAUAGUCUAGCUUGUACGUUAUAGAUUAAUAAAAAAGGUAAAUAAAAA